GAGCCGGAACGAGGGGGGCGAAAGACCUCGAGACUUGUAGUGUGCUCGGGCCAGAUAGUGCUGUGCCGUCGCCUCGUGCCCUCGUGCCGCUGCUGCUGCUGCCGCUGCUGCCACCGUCGACCGGUGUCUUCUCUUCGAGCGCAGCGCACGGCUUUUUUGACACUGGCAGCGCGCUCGAUCAUCAGCUGAUCGCACUGGCUAGCUAUCCAGUGUGCGAUUAGCAUUGACUAUGAAACGGGGGUUGUUCCAUUAACUACGAGGAGGGAAACCGGAGCAUUACAGUGAGAACAUUGGAUCGUUGUUGUUGUUUAACGAGUGUGCGACGGAUCGGCCGAGUUAAGGAGAAGUGUUGUGAUAACUGGAUGAACUGUCAGGAUUCUUGGCCGUCGACUUUGUUCGUUAGAGAAGAAGUGAAUCCAUGUAGUUUUGAGGACUAAAUUGGGAAAAGCCACAAGACCGGUUUCAAAAUUUUGACAGCUGUCAAGGUCGUACCAAAAAGUCAAUUGUUUCAAUUUUGCAACGGCGAAGGAGUAUUGCAAGAGAUAAUAGAGAAAUCGCUCCACAUCACCUCUUUCGCGAUCCGACGGCAAGCAGCGCUUCAGCCACUGUAGCAACGCUUGCAAAAGCACUUGUCUCCUGCACAGCGAGAUGUUGAAUGGAAUAGGACUAUGCUCAACCAGAAGGAUACGUCGUCAACGGGUUCGAACUCUCCUAGACUAACCUGCACGCGUGACUAGAACAGUGUGUACCAUACUGACAAAGUGCAUAGUAUAACCGCGAAUCCCACAAGCAUCAGAGAGUUCAGUGACCACAGGGACAAGCUGGCGGUGAUGCUCGGCAAGAGGAAAUCCCAGCCCGCGAAAAACAGACUGGACUAAUUCGACCGACCGCGUGGUCGAAACAACGAUAACGCGCGUGGAGGUGGUGUGACGAGUUCCUCGUCGAAAAGACGACCCGUAGCCGUCGUUGUCGCUGUCGUGGUCGGGCCCGCGCAUCUCCGGCGGCGCCGACGCCGACACCCACGACGCGAAGCUGAUACCAAACAUGGUGCUGGAGCCGGGAGGUGGCCUGUCGUUUCCACCGCCUCCUGGCGCCGGUGCAUCCGUCACCGCGGGCUCGGGUUCCGGCAAUUCCGGCAGUAACGCCGGCUCCCUGCUCGGGCCCACGCGGCUUUUCCAAAGGGCGACGCCCGUCUUUCCGUUUCACCUGCCGGGCUGGCACCACCCGGUCCUGGGCCAGGUCCAGAGCCAGGUCCAACAGUCUCUGCAGGCCCAGCACCAGGUCACCGCGGCCGCGGUCAGGUUUUUGAGCCACCACCCGCACCAUCCGCACCCGGCGCUCGGUAACCAUCCGCUGGUGCCGGGAAUCGGACCCCAUCAUCCGGCGGCCCACCACCUGCACCACGGCGGCGAUCACAACGACGACGACGACGAUAAGAAAGGUGGGGACGGCGAGAGCGACGAGGGUGGAAGUAAGAGGCGGCGCAGUCGGACGAACUUCAACAGCUGGCAGCUGGAGGAGCUGGAACGGGCCUUCCUCUCGAGUCACUACCCCGACGUGUUCAUGAGGGAAGCACUGGCUGUGAGGCUCGAGCUCAAGGAGAGCCGUGUCGCGGUAUGGUUCCAGAACCGCCGGGCCAAGUGGAGGAAGAAGGAGCACACGAAAAAGGGCCCGGGCAGGCCGGCUCACAACGCCCAUCCGCAGAGCUGCAGCGGCGAGCCGAUUCCGCCGGAGGAGCUGCGCAGAAAAGAGCGCGAGAGGCGGCACAAGAAGCUGAUGAAGGCGCUCGAGAGGCAGCAGAGAAAAUUGGCGGCCAAGGGCAUCACAGUGGACCUGUCGACUCUGAGGGCCGAGUGGGAGUCGCGCAGUGCCUCGGCGAGCGGCGGCAACAGCUCUCUCAACGGCGGCUUCAACCUUAACAACAACCACGACGGCACGAGCAUCUCAGGCUCGGGCAACGACGUCAACGAGGAGAUCGACGUGGUCGGCGGACUAGACUCCUGCAGCGAGAGCGGCAGCGAGCGAGUCGACUCGGCGGCCGACGGCUCGAUAGACGGCGAGUCCUACCCGCGAGUGCUCUCCUCCUCGUCGGACAACAACAAUCCGAGCGAGCAGCGCCGGAAUCCGGUCGUCGUGAAUCACCACCAGAUCCAGAGCCAGCUCUCGGGGCCGAACGCCAGUCUCCACCUGAACCACCAGCAGGGCAUCCACCACUGGGGUCUGAGCCUGCUGGAGCGCCGUCGUGAGCUCGUGGGUCUAAGCGCGGCGGCAGCGUCCAACGGCUCUGUCAGACAGACCUCCAUCGAGACGAGCACGACUACGACCGCGACGACGAGGAGCUCUUCCCUGGACGACGAGGUGCAGAGCGGCAGCAUCGACCUCUCGGUCAAGGGCAGGGAGGAAAGGCGGAGACUCAACCCCUUCAGCAUCGACAGCCUCCUCGGCAACAACAACAAUAACAACAACAGCAACAACAACAACCGAAGCGGCACGCCAGACUCGAACCAGCAGCAGCAUGGCUUGCACCUCCACCGACACCAGCAGGACGCCAAGGACUCGAUACCCUCGGCCAUCGUCGCCGGCAGGGACUUCAAGUCGCCGACUGCCUCGCCGGUCUCCUCCGCGAACUCGCUUCCCACCUCGCCGACGCUCACGUAGUCCUGGCUCAGGUGGUGGAGGGAGGCCUGAUGAGCACACUGAGUGACCGACUGGCCGCUGGUGCGCGAGUAAUAGACUUUUUUCUGCGAAAGACUGCGCCAUUAGUUGAUUAUAUAAGUUUAAUGUUAUUUAUUUCUUCCGAGUCCAAACUAUUGUGUUCAGAAAUCAUUCGCGUCCGCGCGGAUGAUUGAUUCGGAUUUCGUAGCGCUCUGUGACAAACCCGGUAUUCGUUUCUGGUUAUUUCGAAUGUGGAAUUCGCCAUAGGUUAUUAUCACGCAUACACACGCACCUGUACAUAGUGAGAGAUAUUCGAGGGGUCGGUCGACGUAACUGUGUGAGAAGACGAGAGAGAGAGAGAGAGAGAGAGAGAGAGAGAGAGAGAGAGAGAGAGAGAGAGAGAGAGAGAGAGAGAGCUGUUUAUCUUCGAAAGGCGGUCCAUCCUACUACGGCGCAUAUCGCUUCCAACAUAUCCGCAGUACUAGCUGAUUUUCUAGACUAAAAGAGAGCAAGAGGUGCCGUAUCUUCCUUAUCGAGGUUUGCUUUUUUCUCCGGCCCUCGUAACUCUUUAAUAAUUAUUGUGCAAUAAACAUGUCGAGGGCGUCGAGAGUCAUCAAUUGUCGAAGGAGGCUCGCGCGAGAUGGUGGUCGAUAAAGAAUCGCUUUUCAGUAAUUUUCGUUGUGUAAAGGACGUUGAUAGAUGAACGUUCUUUCUCUUUAGGAAGGAGAAGAACGGGAGUUGUAAAGCCGCGUGCGGACGAGUCUGUGUGAUUUGAAUUCCCGAUGGAUAAGGAAUUCGUUUUAUCGGAGGACAGAUGGUAAAGGACAGCAUAAAGCAGAGUAUCGAGAGGAGAAAGUAGAGCGUCAAAUGUAUUUAUUGUAAAUAGUCGAAAGCGUAAUUUAAUCGACGUGUAGUUUAACGGAUACCCAGUGUUCGACGAUUACAUUUUGAAGCAAUAGAAUGAAUAAAAGAUCGAAUUGCGCGAGAAAGAAACUUCUUGAUUCACUUCGAGGCAUGUAAAUAAAACGAAUUGGAAGUGGAAAAUACAAGCAAAACGAUGCCAUAGCGUUCAUGAAAUAAAAAAAAAAUCACAGUUGAAUGUAUAACGAAACAAAAAGUUUUAAGCUUCUUCGAGUGUGACGAUUAAGAGGCUGUUAUAAUCGAGUCCGAUCGGCCGAUUUCAUAGUUGCCAUAAAACUGAGAUCCGAGACAGUACCUAUCGUAUAUCCAACAUAAAUAUAUAUAUAUAUAUUAAUUUAUUCUCAAAAA